AAUGAUUUUUACACUGUCUGUGGUUAAGUUAACUCUAUCUUUGUCUAUGUGAUUCUCCUUUUCGUUUCGACAAGUCAAAAUGAAGAUCGGACUGUGCGCGUACAGUGGUUACAAGAUCUAUCCUGGCCAUGGAAAGACCAUGGUUAAGGUGGACGGCAAGACCUUCACAUUCUUGAACUCAAAAUGUGAGGCUGCACAUUUGAUGAGGAGGAAUCCUCGUAAAGUGACAUGGACUGUGCUGUACAGGCGCAAGUUCAAGAAGGGUCAAGAGGAAGAGCAGACCAAGAAGCGCACAAGGAGGACCCAGAAGUACCAGCGUGCUAUCGUUGGUGCCUCCCUCAGCGACAUCAUGGCCAAGCGUAACAUGAAGCCUGAAGUGCGCAAAGCUCAGAGAGAUCAAGCUAUCAAAGCCGCCAAGGAACAGAAGAAGUCCACAAAGGCCGCCAAGAAGGCUUCAGCACCAGCACCCAAGGCUAAGGCUGCACCUAAAGCCAAGGCCGCUAAAGUCAGUCAGAAAUCUGCCCCCAGAGUAGGAGGCAAGCGAUAAGAACUUAGAAUAAACUGAUUUGUAAAACACA